AAGGCAAAGCUCUCAGAGCCGCUCAAGCCGUCGCGCGGACUCCACAUUCCAAUAAGAAGCUCGGGCUCUCUGCGACCACUGCUUUUUUUGUACCGUGGAUUGGCGCCAGUGCCCCAGUAGUAGUACCACCACCAGCGACAGCGGCAGUUUUAGAAUCGGCACCCUAGUAUCCCGCAAAAAUGUCGGACGACGAGGAACAAUACUCCAGCGAAGAGGAGGUCGAGGAAGUGCAACCGGAGAAGAAGAUCGAGGAAUCCGGCGAGAAUCCGGAGUUUAUGAAGAGACAAGAACAGAAGAGGAGUGAUCUUGACGAGCAGCUCAAGGAAUAUAUCGCGGAAUGGAGAAAACAGAGGGCAAAGGAGGAAGAGGAGCUGAAGCGGCUGAAGGAGAAGCAAGCGAAGCGCAAGAUCUCGCGCGCCGAGGAGGAGAAGCGACUGGCCCAAAAGAAAAAGGAGGAGGAGGAGCGCCGCCAACGUGAGAUCGAGGAGAAGAAACAACGGGAUAUCGAGGAGAAGAGGAGACGCCUGGAGGAGUCGGAGAAGAAGCGCCAGGCCAUGAUGCAGGCGAUGAAGGACCAAGCGAGCAAGAAAGGCCCCAACUUCACCAUCCAGAAGAAAGACCUAUCUGGCAACCUCACGUCAGCACAGCUCGAACGCAACAAGACGAAAGAGCAGCUCGAGGAGGAGAAGAAAAUAUCACUGAGCAUCCGCAUCAAGCCCUUGGAAAUCGAGAACCUCAACAUCGACAAGCUGCGCAACAAAGCGACCGAGCUCUGGGAGGCCAUCGUCAAACUUGAGACCGAAAAGUACGAUCUUGAGGAGCGCCAGAAGCGCCAGGACUACGAUCUCAAGGAACUCAAGGAGCGACAAAAGCAGCAGCUCAGGCACAAGGCCCUCAAAAAGGGCUUGGACCCCGAAGCCCUCACGGGCAAAUAUCCCCCCAAAAUCCAAGUGGCCUCCAAAUACGAGCGUCGCGUGGAUACCAGGUCUUACGACGACAAGAAGAAACUGUUCGAAGGCGGCCUGACGGACGCCCAGAAGGAAGCGAUGGAGAAGCAAUGGUCCCAGGCUAAGGAACAGUUCCAAGGCCGCCAGAAGACGAAGCUGCCCAAGUGGUUCGGCGAGAGGCCGGGCAAGAAGGCCGGGGAUCCAGAGUCGCCCGAGGGCGAGGAGGACGUGAAGGCGGCCAUCGACGACGACCUGGAGGAGCCGCAGUUCGACGAGGAAGAGGAGGAGGAGGAGGAGGUCAGCGAGAAGGAAGAGGAGGAGGAGGAAGAGGAGGCCGAGGAGGAAGAAGAGGAAGAGGAGGAGGAAGAAGAAGAGGAGGAGGAAGAAGAAGAGGAGGAGGAGGAAGAGGAGGAGGAGGAAGAGUAAAACGCCAGCGACGAAUCAACAGUUGCGUUUUCAAAAUAAAAAUAAAAAAACAAUCAUCGACAUCCCAAUCGCGAGCUCCGGAAAAACUAUACUAUAUACCACUACCACGCUAUUUAUUACUAUACUGUCGUCUAUUUACACAUACAUACAUACGUACAUAUGCACGCAAACACCUACGACACACACACACA